CAUUGACAAUAUCAUAUCCAAUAUCAUUUCGCAUUUGUUUCGCGUCCCGAAAGGAUCGGGUCCCGCCCUAAAAUUGCACCACGUGGGGGAGGAGGCCGCGUUUGGACGACCACCGCCGCCUGCCGUUCGUCCCCAGGACCGUCCAGCCCGCCUUGUCCCAUCCCGCUCCUCCUGCAUCGCCCUCCAUCGCACCGCACGCCCCUCAUGCCGGCAGCAGACAACAGAUCCGACGUCGACGGCACCCCAGAGCCCGUUAGAGAGGUCGAGCGCGAGAAGGACCGGGAAAGAGACAAGGGCGGAAAGGCGAAGAGCGCGGCGAAGACCAAGGACCUCUCCCAUGUCCCGUGCAAAUUUUUCAAAGUCGGCUCGUGCACUGCAGGCUCUUCGUGCCCCUUCUCCCAUGCUGUCCUCGAACCUGGGCAGCACAAGGAGGUCUGCUCGUGGUUCGUCAAGGGUAACUGCAAGUUCGGACACAAGUGUGCCCUCGCCCAUAUCCUGCCCGGGCAGAGCAUGUCCAUGGACAGGAAGAACAAGAAGGCUGCCCAGCUUGCCGCACAAGCAGGCGGCAGCUCGAGCGGCGGCCGCGAGGGUGGCAGACGUGGUCAGAAGAGCGGUGCGCGGGGCGGCGCUCCCGGCGCUGCCCAGAAUCAUGCUGGUCUGCUCUCAGGCUCGACCGCGCCGACUCGAGCUCUGGCAGGCAGCUCGCGGUCAGGCAUUCCCAUGCCUUUGAAGGCCACCUUGUCGCCCUCGACUCCUGCACCGCCUGUCAAGGACACCGAUUUCGCCUCCUUCGGUCUGCCCGACGAAAGCAACAAGCUGCCGAGCGCACCUGCUCAGGGCAAACCGCCCGCAGCGCCGGCGCCUGAUGCCUCGACUACGGUAUCUCCUCCCCCCUCGACUGAAGCCGAGUCCGCCCCGGUCGAACCUUUGGACAACGCGGAUACUAACGUGUUUGGUACCCUUCCGACGAGUACUCCCUCCGCCCCCCGACGAAUGGGAGACGCGCAUGGUUCACCGCCUGUCGACUUUGGGCCGAUCGGCUCGCCUCCCCGCUCCUCCGAGUCUGUUGGCCGUCCUGCUCGCCUCAACGGUUUCUCGCCGGGUACGUCUCCUCAUGCCGCCGGUCUAUCUACUUCUCCCUUCUCGGCGCCAGGGUCUCGCACCGUGUUUGCGAUCCAGGGAGAAGAGGAUGCGUCUAAUGCGUUCGCGAAUCGCUCUGGGCUCUCAGCAUCCUUGGGGACAAUGAUGACCUGGUCGAAUGACCGUCCAUCUCGGAGACUGGACGGAGGUGUAGUUGGCGAGGUUGUGGUCGAGGACGAGGAUCUGGAAGAAUUCCUUCCCAGUUCCUUGACGGAUCUACUAACGCCUGAAGAGAGAUCGAGGAGGCUGUCUCGCACGAAUGGCGCCCGUCCGAAUAUGAUGGGUUCAGAUCGUGAUGGAGCUGGGGGACAACGGCCGUCAUUGGAAGGCCAACAUCACAGAUAUUCUCGAUCCGUCCCGGCGCCGUCUUUGCUACAGGAUAUCAAAUCAAUAUGGGCGGACAACGGAGGUGCUGGUGCGGGCGCGUCUGAUCUAGCAGGCGCUGCCGGAAUGAGCGUGGCCAGCGGUGGCCUCGGUAACGGUACGCCCAGCUCAUUCACGUCCAAUUCUGGCCUUGCGGGCAGAUCAAGCGAGGACAUGCUGUCACCAUCCAACGCUUCCGCGGCAUUCCUUCCUGGUAUUCAUCACCAUUACCUCAAUUCGAAGGUGCAGCAACGUACCAAUCUACUCGGUGGCGGACUGUCAGCACUGCACGCGACCAGUAACAACGGGCCGCCCCAUGCCAAUUUCUCUGGCACGCACGUACCCAACUUCGCUUCGGGAGCGUUGUCACCACCCCGUACCAGCGCACUAGGUAAUCGUCCCCCUAUGGGCAGUCCGUCGUCGGAUGUUUUCUAUGGACAGCAGCGCCACCCUGCGCAGCCAGGCAACGAUGGACCAUUGCAAGCGCACGCACCCGGCCAAAGUCUGCCUCAAGGCUUGGCAGCAGGAUAUUCGAGGAUUCAUGCCCUGCCGCCGCCGGUCAUCGCGUCGCCGUCUACGCCGGGAGCGUUCAGUCAGGUGGGCGGGUACUCACCAGGGACGAAGGCGUUUGGACACGCGCAAAGCUCGUCGGGCGAGUGGCAUAGUACAUCGCCUGGCGCCGCGAGUGCGUUGGAGUCCCUCGUGCACUUCAGCGCACAGGCCUCUACGGCAAGCAAUGCGGCUUCCUUAGGAGGCCUAGAGACCGUCUUUUCGCGUCUAUCCUAUUCUGCUGCCGCAACACGUGGUCCACAAGGCAACGUUGGCAAUGGUGCACGUAACCCGAGCGGGCGGCUCUACAAUCCGCAAGGGUCACUCAGCCCUCUCAGCGGUCCAGUGCUCACUGGCGACGACGAUGACCUGUUUAGCAUGGAUGGUUAAGUUGUACUUGGCUGUUGUUUGUACAAAAGUAGUAUCUCCGUGUUGCAGUAGGUCCAGAGAUCAUGUAUAAUUUAAGUCGCACAACGUGCUAGAUGUUUACUCAGCGCAUCUACAGGGAUUUGAUCACUUGUUCUGUACUGCUAUGUAAUGCUUUUGUGUUCAUAUUGCAUCUCAUCGUACUGCAAUCAACAUGGCUGAACCCCUACUAAUCAUAAACACUUGUGCAUCCUAUCCUAUCUGAUUGCUCUCCAGCAUCCAGAAA